GGGCGGAGCUCCGUCGAAGUGCUCUGGAUCCCUUGUCACUGCGUUCGGGAGUUGUCUAGUUAGUCGGUCCCGACCGCACACCGCAGAAGACGACAAAGCUCUUUGCUGGAGCCGAGGGUUCGGCCUUUCUUUUGUUUUUUUAAUUUAUCCUUCCUUUACUUCAAUCCGCUCAAUCUCCACCCAAUUCAGUAAUCCACGUACUGGCCUGUGCCUAGCGGAACACUUGUGACGCCGGAACCAAUAUGCUGUACUGCGCUGAAAGGCAGAGGACUGUUUUGCCGAAGGACCACCGAGUCUCUGAGAAGGGUUGGUCGGGACAGUUCCGGCGGGAGAACGCGGCAGUGAGGUCUUCGUCUUCAUCUUCUGAUAUGCACCGACAGAAUUUUCGACCCCCGACUCCUCCCUACCCCGGCGCGGGUGUAGGAGGUUGGGGUAGCGGGAGCAGCUUCCGGGGUACCCCGGGCGGAGGCGGACCGCGGCCGCCCUCCCCUCGGGACGGGUACGGGAGUCCGCACCACACGCCGCCGUACGGGCCCCGGUCUAGGCCCUACGGGAGCAGCCACUCUCCGCGACACGGCGGCAGCUUCCCGGGGGGCCGAUUCGGGUCUCCGUCCCCUGGCGGCUACCCUGGCUCCUACUCCAAGUCCCCCGCGGGGUCCCAGCAGCAAUUCGGCUACUCCCCAGGGCAGCAGCAGACCCACCCCCAGGGUUCUCCAAGGACAUCUACACCAUUUGGAUCAGGGCGUGGUAGAGAAAAAAGAAUGUCUAAUGAGUUGGAAAGUUAUUUCAAGCCUUCAAUGCUUGAAGACCCUUGGGCUGGCCUAGAACCAGUAUCUGUAGUGGAUAUUAACCAACAGUACAGCAAUACUCAAACAUUCACAGGCAAAAAAGGAAGAUACUUUUGUUAACAUUUCUGAAAUUCACCGGGAAGCUUCUUGUGACAGGAACAUCUUGGACAAAACUUUUACUUGUGUAAUUAAGUUGAACCCUAAGAUGGUGACUUUGAAUAAUUAGUUGGGUCUUCUUGGUAUUUUUCAUCAUAUCAAGUAUUGUUGAUAAUAGAGAAAACAUCCAGUAGAAUAAUUUGCAAUAUUUAGCUCUUUGGAAGUGCCUACCACAUUUUAGAAGAUUUACAGUUUCCAGAUAUUUAACGUUCAUGGUUAUAUAAUGGACAUUUGUCUUUUCAAUGGUUUUUCCAAUGUUUUAAAAUAAAACAUUUUGUCUUUCUAGAUAUAUUGUGGUUUUGUCAUAUGCUAAAGAAGUGGAAUUAUCAAAAUAAUGCCUGUAAUCACUUGCUUAGAAUUCAUAGAUAAAUAUUUUGCAUACUACUUUUGAAAAUGAAAUAAACCAUCCUUUGAGCUGUA